UCCCCGUCUCUGUACCUUGGCACCUGCGAAGAUAAAAAAACAGCAUAAAAUACUAUUUUGAACGUUGCACCGUCACUCAUGGAAAAAGGCGCAAAGGCGUAAGAAAAAUCGGCUUUAUUUUUGUUGUUUACAACAUCUAGGCGUUUUUUGGAAACCCGAAGAAGGUCAGGGUUGCUGGGGAAACGGCUGCAGCUCCGCGCGGUCGGCGUUCGCCGCAAUGUGGCCGCGCGCCUGCGACUCGGCGUGACCCCCCGCGCCCCGGGCCCCGCGCCCCGGCCCGGGCGGCGCGUAGCCCCCUCCUCCCGGCCCGCGCCGCGCGCACUGUUGUCCUUGAGCGAUUGGUUGGCUGGACCAGAAACAGCUGUGCAGAGCUGAGCCUGCAGAGGGGCUGUGGAUCUGAAUGCAGGCUGUCGGGCUGGGAGUGACUGACCCCGGGGCCUCGAGGGAGAGAGAGGACGAGUCGGAGCCGCCCCCGCCGCGCUCUCCCGGCGGCGUGGAACCAGGUGCCCGGGCGCUGGCGGCGGUCGGAGAAGCUCCGGGUUGGCGCCCCCUUCCCCCGGCUCUAGCUGCCUUCGGGGUUGGUGCAGGUGGGGGCCAGGCAGGGCACCGCGGAUUGCCCCGUCCCCACCGACCGGUUUCUCUUCCUUUCUGCGAGGGGGAGGCGCUAACCCUCAAAAAAAUGUAAAUAUCCAGGCGCUGACUCCGGGCUGGGGCACCAGCCGAGGUCCCAGCGCCCCCGCCGCCGCCGCCGGGUGUUUUGCAUGGAAAAUGAGAAGCCAGACAGGAUCGGUGCUCUUAACUUAAUACAGCUCGGCGAUUAGCAGGAGGCCGGGCAGCUUCCCGGCUCCCUGUCCAUCGAUAGCCUUUCUGCGCGCUCGCGCUCGCCGAGCCGCGGUGCGGCCGUGCCGGGUGUCGUCCGGCAGAUGCCGCAUCCUUGGCAGUCAUGGCUCCCGUCGCCGCCGCGGCCAGUAAGUAGGAGCAUGCAUGUGUAGGGGGGGCACAUGCGUGUCGGCGCGCGCGCGCACACUCACACACACGCACACACGCACGCACACCACCCCGAGCCUCGGAAGGAAGGAGGAAGACCGACGAGGCGCUGCAGUCGCGAGGACGACUCGGGCUCUUCGUGGAUUCGGCAGGAGCCGGCCUGGCGCAGCUGCUGACUGCAGAGCCUGCCCCGGAUCGUGGGCACACGCGCCCCCCACCCCCCGACCCGAGCCUCUGGAAUGAAGACUGCCUCCCGAGGACUGCAGGGGAGGCAGAGCCAGCCCGCGCCAGGGACUGCGGGCCGCGCGGCCGGUAGGCCCAGGGGGACACGACUUGGACGCUGUCAUCCCCACGCCUCGCUCUGAGUCGCCGGGUGCCGAGAGGGUCUGCCGCCGCCCCCUCCGGCUUCCCGGGCGCCCGAUCCCGGGUCAGCCCCGGAGGCCCCGGCUUCCUCAUUUGUUUGGGGCUUUUGUGCCGGGGGCUCACAGUUGGCUAAGCACUCCAGCGCUGAAUCGGGCCAUUGUCUGCGCUCCCAUUGCUUCCACGCUGCAAGUCUCGGCGCCCCCACCCCGCCCGCCCCGCUCCCCGCCUCCUCCUGGCCGGGGAGCCUCCUAACGUGCCUUUCCCCCCCUAGGAAUCUGGAAGCUAUAAGCCGGGCGGAUUGCAAAUGAAGUGUAAUGCAUUGUGGGACGUGUGUAAAAUCGGAGCCUUCGCCGUGGGGGGGUGUGGGGGCGUGGGGAGGGCCGGACCCGCCGCUGGCGGUGUAGACGCCGACGAGGAGGGGCUGGGAAAAUGCGCGCAGAGUCCGCCCGGGUCGUGCCCGCCGUAGACGGAUGAAGCCGCGCGCUGCGCCCCGGCGCUGAGGCCCGGAGGAUCGGGGGCGGCGGGUCGCCCUCUCCACCAUGAAGAAGACCCGGAGCACAACCUUGCGGCGCGCCUGGCCUAGCUCGGAUUUCUCGGACCGGGCCUCGGACCGCAUGAGGUCCCGCAGCGAAAAGGACUACCGCCUGCACAAGCGCUUCCCCGCGGCCUUCGCGCCCCAGGCUUCGCGGGGCUACAUGACAUCAGGUGAUGUAUCACCAAUCAGUAUGUCUCCCAUCAGUCAAUCUCAGUUUAUCCCACUCGGGGAAAUCCUUUGCUUGGCCAUUUCUGCAAUGAACUCAGCCAGAAAACCUGUCACCCAAGAAGCACUGAUGGAGCACCUGACCACCUGUUUCCCAGGUGUUCCCACCCCAAGCCAAGAAAUUCUCCGGCACACGCUGAACACGCUGGUCCGGGAGAGGAAGAUCUACCCGACUCCUGAUGGCUACUUCAUCGUCACCCCACAGACUUAUUUCAUAACUCCUUCCCUCAUAAGAACUAACAGUAAAUGGUACCAUCUGGACGAGAGGAUACCUGACCGGUCUCAGUGUACCUCUCCCCAGCCGGGGACCCUCACGCCCUCUGCCUCAGGCUGCGUCAGGGAAAGAACGUUGCCCAGGAACCACUGCGACUCCUGCCACUGCUGCAGGGAAGACGUGCAUGGCAUGCACGCGGCCACCCUGCAGAGGAAGCCCGCCAAGGACUGCAAAGACCCUUACUGCCCUCCUUCCUUCUGCCAGGUGCCAGCCACUGAAAAGAGCAAAAGUACUGUCAACUUCUCCUACAAAACGGAAACCCUGUCCAAACCGAAGGACGGCGAAAAGCAGUCCAAGAAAUUCGGGCUCAAGUUAUUCCGGCUCAGCUUUAAGAAGGACAAGACCAAGCAGCUAGCCAACUUCUCCGCCCAGUUUCCUCCUGAAGAGUGGCCCCUGCGAGACGAGGACACGCCGACCACCAUCCCUCGGGAGGUGGAGAUGGAGAUCAUCAGGCGUAUUAACCCGGACUUGACCGUGGAAAACGUCAUGCGGCACACUGCGCUGAUGAAGAAACUUGAAGAAGAGAAGGCGCACCGGAGUAAAGCUGGGUCCUCCGCCCAUCACAGUGGAAGAAGUAAAAAGAGCCGGACUCACCGCAAGUCCCACGGAAAGUCUCGGUCGCACAGCAAGACGCGAGUGUCCAAGGGAGACCCAUCCGAUGGUUCCCAUCUGGAUAUCCCGGGUGACAGGGAGUAUGAUUUUUGUGACCCUCUUACCAGGGCCCCCCGGGAGGGCUGCUUCAUCAUUGAACACAAAGGGGAUAACUUCAUCAUGCAUAGCAACCCGAACGUGAUCGAGUCUCAUUUCCCCAUGACCCCGGAAUGGGACGUGUCUGGGGAACUGGCCAAAAGGAGGACUGAGAUGCCUUUUCCUGAACCUUCCAGGGGAAGCUCCCACUCAAAAGUGCACCGAAGCCACAGCCAUACCCAGGACCGAAGGUCCAGGAACGAGAGAUCCAACAAGGCCAAGGAGAGGUCCAGAUCGAUGGAUAACUCCAAAGGCCCUCUGGGUGCUUCUUCUCUGGGGACGCCUGAAGACCUGGCCGAAGGCUGUAGCCAAGAUGACCAGACCCCCAGCCAAUCCUACAUUGACGACAGUACUUUAAGGCCUGCACAGACUGUCGGUCAUCAAAGGGCUCACAUUUCCUCCGCAAGCUAUAAAGAGGUGUGUAUUCCAGAAAUAGUCAGUGGCAGCAAGGAACCGCCCAGCGCUUGUAGCCUCUUGGAGCCAGGCAAAGCGCCCGAGAGUUUGCCAUCCUUUGGUGAACUCAACUCUUGUCCAACAAAGACGGCUGCAGAUGACUAUUUCCAGUGCAACACCUCCAGCGAAACGGUGCUCACGGCGCCGUCACCUCUGGGAAAGAACAAAGAGGACCAUGACACUCUGACCCUGGCGGAAGGAGUGAAAAAGCUGCCGCUGUCGGACAGGCAGGCCCCUCAUUCCUCCAGGGAGCCUGCGGGGCACAAGGAGGAGUCGCCAAAGGGGUCGGGCGGGGGCCCAGUCACUCCAGGCGCCGUAGUCGAAGGUCUUGCCAACGGACGCCUCAUCCAGCAUCACGGCGCCGAGCCCAGCACCCUGGACAAGAGGAAAGAGAUAUUCAGCAAAGACACACUGUUCAAACCUCUUCACAGCACCUUGUCUGUAAACAGCUAUCACAAAUCAACCCUGUCCCUCCUCAAAUCGCACCCGAAGACCCCUGCCGACACACUGCCAGGCCGAUGCGAGAAACCCGAGCCGUCCCUGGGGACCUCAGCCGCCCCCACCCUGCCGGCUUCCCAGCGUCAGCCGGAGUCCGUGGGGAACCAGGAGGCCUCUUUCGACUAUUACAACGUGUCUGAUGACGAUGAGUCUGAGGAAGGGGCCAACAAGAACGCGGAGGAGGAGAAAAACAGAGACGAUGUAGGGACCAUGCAGUGGCUCCUGGAGAGGGAGAAGGAAAGAGACUUGCAGAGGAAAUUUGAGAAGAACCUCACCCUGCUCGCCCCAAAGGAAGCCGAUAGCAGCAGCAACCAGAGGGCCACCCACUCGGCACGUCUAGACAGCAUGGACAGCAGCAGCAUCACGGUGGAUAGUGGAUUCAACUCCCCACGCACUCGGGAGAGCCUGGCUUCCAACACAUCAAGCAUUGUUGAAAGUAACCGUCGUCAGAACCCUACCUGGAGCCCGGCCCACGGUGGAGCUGGCCCGGCCUUCAGUUUCCGAGCAAGUACGGACCCCCCCACCAACGAAGCUGAGAAAUUACAGAAACCUUCCAACUGCUUGCAAGCUUCUGUUACUAGUGUGUGAUAGUCAUCCUGCCUCCGAUCUCCCGUCUCAUUCGAUACAGCCAAGUUUACGACACUGUGGCUGGUGUUUACAUCUUUGGAAAGACAAGCAUCUCAAUGGCAGUUUUUGUGUUGACUUAAACUGUGCUGCUAAGUAGGCUAGGGCAAAAAACAACAACCGAAAAAAUCUUUAUUUCAGAGUAUUGCUUUUCACAUUUAUGGCUCUGUAGCAACAAGAAUAGCAGUAGGGUGAUAUGUACACUUUUGCUUCACUAAUUGUAACUGAGCACACAUAUGGAAGUCUAGACACUGUAAGUGUAAUAUGCAUUUUCGAUGUCUUGCAGUUGCCAAGUCCAUUCUAAAAUGCCACAGAUGCGUGUUGCUCCCAGUCUGUGACCAGAUGGUGCCACAGAACUGAUCCUUGACACUUCCAAAAGAAAAAAAAAAAAAGAUAACUAAGCCACCACAAAAUGUCAAAUGCAAGGGUCUACCUUGAGGGAAAUUGAUGCCAAAAUGACUAAAAGGGACCCCAGCCCUUUGUGUGUGAAUCAUUGAGGCCCCAGUCAUUUUGCACUGUGAGUUUUUUUGACACGAUUUUGUAUAGGAGCCCACGGAAGUGUGUCAGAAGGGGUCGUGAUCCAAAUACUGGGAGUGUUUGUUUUCGGGAUUUUGUUUUUUAAGUGUCACAGAUGCUUGUCUGAUAUGUUUAACCUUCCAUCAUCACAAACAGGAAUAUAGGCCUUUGAUUCUGAAAUGGACAAAGGAAGGGUCCCCCAGCCUGGCUGGGGCACAGCGCUGAGCAAUGGGAGAGGUAAUGCGGACUUUUAAAAAGGUGUUCAUCAGAUAGUGAAGGAAGAGCAUUUCUUCCUUGUGAGACUUAAGGGUGAUGCUACCUUACUAUCAGAGAUAAAUGGUAAUUAGUUUGUUUAAAAGCAAAAUGUUCUUUGUGAUACAAAUGAAGACUAUGGCCUGGGGACGUUAUUCUUUCUAAUGGAAGGACAUAAAUCUAUUUUAUGUAGUUUUAAAUAGAAUGCCUAAAUUAGGCUGUGGGAGAUAAUUUUUAGUGGUUAUAGGAAAGAGCAAAUUUAGGGAGAGUUGAACUUCAGGCCUUUUAUUCCUGGGAAGAUAUCUAUAGAGAAAACUUUAAAAUACUUUUUCAUUAGAAAUAUACAUGUGCCCAUGUAAUUAACAACAGAAUGUGAUCAUUCUGCAAGUGUGGUGGAACCCUAACUGUACACCCCCUAAAUUUAUCAGAAUAACAAUUAUGCACACAUGAACUAUGCCAGAGUAAUGUUUACAGAUACUUUGUAACCAAUUUCAGGAGGCAUUUUUAGGUGGAUGUAUAGUAUAGUUUUUAGCCCAACUUAUUUCAGGAUGGUUUGUUAAUUACAUUUUGCUUUGGUUUACAGUGUCAUGAUGACUACAGAGAAGGUUCUCAGCAACAAAGGGAUUACAAAUAAUCAAGAUUCAGUUCUCUAGGGAAGAGAUGUCUCAAAAGUUCCCAUGUCUCAUCUUAGGAGAACCAUGGAAUAAAUCUGUAGAUAAUGGAAAUUUAUUCACAAAAGGAUUUCAUUUGAUACCAGUAAAUGGUCUGACCAAAAGUUUUAUUUAGCUGAGUGGCAUGUGAUGUUUGGAGCCAUAUACCACAAAAUAAAUACCCCAAAAUAAAUCUAAAAUAUUUUCACCUCGGAUUUCAGGAAUUGGCAUAAAUUGGCGAAACACUCCUGCUUCAGUAUUAGGUUGAGUCACUAGCCAUCUGUUUAAAGAGUAGAGUCUUUAAAUAGACACAGUUGGGCUGUUUCUUGAAACAUUUAGAGACUCUCUCAUGCUUUUUCAGAUAGCUGGAAGUUUCAUUGAGUCCAACUGGACUCGUCAAGUUUAGUAUAGUUUCCUUUCUUUGUGCUUAUAGUGAAACGUGAGCACGUUUCUUGGCAAACUCCCACACCUUUAAAAUGCUUCUGUCGUUGGCUUUCAAUCUCCUGCUUAAUUUCCUCCAAGGCAUGCCUUGAUUGCUCAGAAAUGCACUCUUGUCUCACUGCUUAAAUUUGUCCAGAAGGAAUGAUGACGUAUCCAAUAGACUAUACACAGAGUCUGUGUCCUUGGGGAGUUGUAUACCACACAGUUACUAAAUUCUUCUGUCUAAAUUCUCUUUUUCUCACCCCUAAACCUACCCUCCAGCGUGAAUCAUACAAUCAGUUCAUAAAUAAUAGAACCAUUGAAACAAUACAUCAGCCUCUAGUUGAUCCUCCUAAAGUAGCCAUUAGAAUAAUCAAAUACUGUGUGAACAGGAAAGAAAAGCAUUACCUUUAAAGAGAAGCUUUAAAAUAUGAAUUUAUCAAUAUUUCACAAGAAAUAGGUUUACAGAAGACAUUUGAAUAAAAUGUGUACACUCUUUGCCCGAUGCUAUGGGGUACAUGAUUUAGGGAAGAAAAAAACAAACAAACUCCCUUAGACCAGCAGCCAUUAGCAUAGAAACGAUGGACUUCAAGGAGGAUAUGGUGUGAGCAGACGUUCCAUGCAGAUACAUGCCCGUCUGAAUCGAAUUGGGAUGCCUGAAUGAAUGGGGGAGAAGAGGGAGCUGGAAGCACGUCACGAGUGUGACCCCAGAUGGUCUGCGGUGAUGUUCUCAGUAACCCGCUCCAAGCUUUGCCAGCUUCCUUUUCCUCUGGUGAAACGAUCGCUUUGUGGCCACGGCUGCUUACCUAGACUUCACUUAGAGUUUAUCAACUAAAAGGUUUACAAAACUGAAUCUGGUUGAAUCUCUGUGUAGUGAGUGUUCAACUUUAAAGGGUCAACCCAUCUGUCGGCAUUUUGCACACUUAUGUAUUAUUAUGAUACAGCAUAUUACUUUAUGGUAAUUUUUAUUUUUACAUAUAACUACCUCCAUAAAUUUGAUGAAGCGGCCGCAGUGCGUUCAAGUGUAUUGUUCGGAAAAGCAAAGUUGACAACGUUCUUAACCAUUAGGCCAUGGCAUUCUCUGUGUGUGUCAGUGGUUGCCUAUGUGGACUCGUGACUGUCUCAUUGCCAUGGUUUUUCUUUGAUGGCAUUAUCUCACUCUCAGCUGUAAACCCCGUCUCUCUUCUUUCCCACAGAAAGCACUUGAUUUUGUUAUGAAUGAAAAGUUUAAAUUUCUUGUCUCCCCCGCCCCUGCCCCCACCUCAUUCCUGCUAAGAGCUCUCUCUGGCCAAGAGCCAGUUGGUAAACAUAAUUUAGCAAGCUAUUUACUCCUAUGAAAAUCUGAUUUGAAUUCUAGGUUUUCGGUCAUAAGACACACCAGAAAUUUGGACUGUCGACUUUGAAGCACUUUGGGCCUCUCUGCCUUCACUUGCAUGCUACCGUGUCGAGCCCAGACUUCAUUGGAAUUAAAAGAGCUGUGCUUUGUUAUCCACAACUUCCGUUCCAUAAUUUGUAUUUCAUUUUAUAUAUUUUGCACAUCUCAGGGGACCUUCAUAAGCAUGUGAAGGGGGGGGGGGGUGCCAUCAAAUAGAGAAAACGGGAAAAGCUGAAAGAGGACUCGCUGGUGAAAGUAAUAAAUGACUGCUUCUCUGAUGUUGUGACGUUCAAGUUCAGGAAGCAUCCAGUGAAAGUUAAUCUGGAAUCACAACUAUCUGAACACCAGCUGUUCCUCAGUCUCCCUUUUUCAUAAUCCAACCAGCAUUUCUAAAAUGUAAGUUUAAAUUAUAUUGCAGUCACUAUGAGGAGGGGAAAAAAAAAAGAAACCUGUUCAGCAGCAAUGAAAGCAUGUUUGUUUUUUAGGUUGGCACAGCUUUGUAAAAUUCUACCCAGGACAAACCACUUAUCACCACAAAGUGUACUUGAAAAUAAAGUUUUUAACUUAAAUGAUAGGCGUAUUGCUCACCAUACAGUAGUGAUCUUGAUUUGAAAAGCCUCACAAUUUAUAACAUGGGCAGUGUUUGGAGCUUGAUUAAAAACCAACAACCUGUGAGCACUUCGCACAUUCAUUUGGGGAUCUCAAAGUGCUUCCAAAGCAUUCGGAUUCACAGUUCACAACGCAGGUCCUAUCUGUAAUACGCGUACUUGAACAAACAGGAGUGACAUAAGAUUACCCAGAAACACAGUGGCAGCUAUCAGUGAUCUAUUUUCUAUCUGUUUGAUAGACCAUCAUGAGAAAUCACGAAAUACAAUGCUAUUUUUCUGAUGUGUGCUAAUAAAGUCAAAGAAAACAAAUACAA